UUCCUAACAAGUCAAUGGCGUCCUUGCUGGGUCAGUCAAUGGACUCCCAAUUAGAAAUCUUUUUCUAUAUAUUGAAGAAAAAUAUGUUCUCCUUUAUCUGCACCAAGGGUCUUUGCAUCCCUGGAUAUCACCAAUUACAAAUUAAGAGAGAAUUUUGUUUUGCAUACUCAUCUGCUCUGUUGUGAUCUUCUUGUUUUGAUUAGAAUUAAUUCAAGUUUUCUGAUUUUUGGUCUGGAAGUUUUCUAAUUAGCCGGAGUGGAGGGGCUUGUUUAUCUCAAACUCUUCAAAUCAAUUUGGGUUUUGUGUCUAGCCUGAUCGACAAUAUAGAGAAUCAAGAAUGGACCUUGUUGCAGGGGGUGCUAUGGGUGUACCAUUUAAUGCGCUCUAUGACGUCAUUAAGGAAGUGGUGGUCAAGACUAAGAUGUUUAAGCCUCUCCUCAAAGAUCUUGACUCAACGGUAGACUCUUUGAAACCACUGAUCGAUGAGAUGGAAAAGUGCAAUAAGGUGUUGGAUCAUCCAGAGAAUGAACUUAAAGGAUUUAAAGUACAAAUGCAGAAGGGUGCAGUGCUCAUUCCCAAGUGCUCCAAGGUUAGGUGGUGGAAUAUUUGCAAAAAGUAUAAAUACACCAACCAACUUCUUGGAUUAAACAGCUCUCUUCGGAGUUUAUUUGAUAUACUGAACGUGCAAGCAGCAAGAGAUGGGAAGAAGACGCUGGUUGAAGUAGGACAUAUAGGGACGGUUGUCCAGCAUACUCAUACAACAAUACUGGAAGUUGCAGAGAAUGUGCAACAGAACUUGGUUGCGACAAAUGAUAUAGAGACGGUGGUCCAUCGGACUGAUGUAACAAGCUUGCAAGUAGCAAGGGAUGUGAGAAAUAUAGAUACUGUGGUCCAGCGUACUGAUGUAACAAGCUUGCAAGUAGCAAGGGGUGUGAGAAACAUAGAGACAGUGGUACAGCGGAUUUCUGACAAUGUUGAGAAAAUAGACGAGGUUCGAGGUUCGGGUGCAGUACCUGUAGGUGCAUCAUUUACAGUUGGAGUGGAUAUGCCUUUGAGGGAAUUGAAGAUUAAGCUUCUUAAGGAUGAGAAAGUAACAAUGCUUGUGCUCACUGCUCCAGGAGGAUGUGGGAAAACCACUUUAGCAAUAAAGUUUUGUGAAGAUUACGAAGUCAAAGACAAAUUUAAGGAGAAUAUCUUCUUUGUCACUGUCUCAAGAAAGUCGGAUGACCGUGUUGUACAAGAGCUUUAUCACUCCAGGGGUUAUAAAAUUUCUCCUUUGCACAGCGAAGUUGAUGUGGUUAAGUGGCUACAGCAAUUCCGGAUUGAAGUAGGAAAGAAUCCUGUACUUUUUGUCUUGGAUGAUGUUUGGUCUGAAUCGGUAUCCCUUCUUCAGAAGUUUGAUGAUUUCAAAUUGCCAAAUUCCAAGAUUUUGGUGACAUCAAGAUUUAGAUUUCCAAGAUUUGGUACUCAACAUAUUUUAGAACCGUUGAAUAUUGAAGAUGCAGCAACUCUUUUCAAACAUUCAGCAUCCCUCGGAGAUCGGAGCUGUUAUGUUCCUGAAGAUGUUCCUGAAGAUACUAUGAGAAAGAUAAUAGAGCAUUUCAAAAAAUCUCCACUUGCCAUUACAGUGGUUGGAAGAUCUCUUUGUGGAAAACCUGUAGAAUCCUGGCUGAAAAGAGCAUCUACACUAAAAGGUGCUUCUAUUCUUUAUUCUGAGGCUGAUUUGCUAGAUGGCCUUCAGAGCUGUUUAGACGCCUUGAAUGAAGAAGAUCAUAAGUUGAAGGAAAUCAAGGAAUGCUUCUUAGACCUGGGUUCAUUUCCUGAAGACCAAAGGAUCUCUGCUGCUGCUCUCAUUGAUAUGUGGGCAGAACUAUAUAAGCUCGAAGAUUUUGAGUCCAUUGCGAACCUCCACGAGCUUGCUGCUCGAAGUCUGGCUAAUCUUCUAAUCACAAGGAACGAGAAGAUGGAGGCAGAUGGGUACUACAGUGAACACUUCAUUACUCAGCAUGAUUUGCUUAGACAGUUGGCUAUCUACCAGCCAAAGCUAGACGCAAAUAAUAAAAGACGGAUCAUAGACAAAUGGGGAGACAAUCUAUCUGAGUGCUUGACAGGACAGAAGCAUCAACCCAUCAAGGCCCGCCUAUUAUCUAUCUCUUCCGAUGGAGUGUUCUCGACAAAUUUGGACAACAUUGAUCUGGCAGAGGUUGAAGUUCUAGUUUUGAAUUUUGACACACAGAACUAUGCUUUACCAGAAUUUGUGGUCAAGAUGGACAAACUGAAGGUUUUAAUAGUCACAAAUCAUGGUUUUUUACCUGCUGAAUUGUGCAACAUUCAACUGCUGGGUUCUUUAUCAAAUCUGAAGAGAAUCAGAUUAGAGCGCAUUUCAAUUUCUUCCAUAACCAAGAAUCUCAUACCGUUGAAGAGUGUAAAGAAGAUAUCUCUAUUCAUGUGCAACAUUGGUCAAGCUUUCAGCAAUUGUUCCCUUCAAAUAUCAGAUGCAUUGCCAUAUUUAGAGGAAAUGAACAUUGACUACUGCAAUGAUUUGGUGGAGUUGCCUGCCGCACUGUGUGCUCUGGUUAACCUAAAGAAGCUCAGUAUAACCAACUCGCAUAAGCUAUCUGCCUUGCCUGAAGAGAUUGGAAAGCUGGUCAAUUUAGAAGUAUUGAGGCUGAGGUCUUGUACAGACUUGGCAAAGUUGCCAGACUCGACUAGGAACCUAGAGAAGUUAAACUUUCUAGACAUAGCUGAUUGCUUCAGCAUUCGGGAAUUGCCUGAAGACUUUGGUGGAAUGAGCAGUUUAAAAAAGAUCAACAUGAGAAUGUGUUCAAGAUUGCAAGAGCUGCCUUCAUCAGUUGUGAAUCUUGAGCAGUUGCAGGAAGUGGUAUGUGAUGAAGACACAGGUGAUUUAUGGGAACCCUUCUUACCCCGUCUCAAAAAGCUCCAUAUAAAGCCGGUCAAAGAAAAUGUCAACCUGAAUUGGCUACAUAAGCUUCAAUAAUUUUUGAGACCUGAUUUUCCUUGAUUUUAUGUAUCUGUGACUUGUAUUGUAUACUUUCUACUUCCAUCUUACGAGUUUUUCCCCCUUUUGGUUUUGAGACCUGUAUUUCCUCAAUAAAUGUUAAAGCCUUUUU